GACAAACACACCAACAGCAUACAUAGAGUUGACCUAUCGAGCUCAAAAAAUGGAUUUUCAGAAUCGAGUCGGAUCGAAAUUUGGUGGGGGAGGCCUGGCAGGUGCAAGUGAGGCAAAUGUAGAUCGGCGUGAAAGGCUUCGAAAACUCGCGCUUGAGACGAUUGACCUCGCAAAAGAUCCUUACAUUCUCCGAAAUCAUCUCGGUGGACUCGAGUGCCGGCUCUGUCUCACCCUUCACACCAACGAAGGAUCAUACUUGGCCCAUACACAAGGUAAAAAGCAUCAAACCAACCUAGCUCGUCGAGCAGCCAAGGACGCAAAGGACUCCUCUCUCUACCAGUCGUCUCUGCUAGCGCAGCAAGCUGCCCAGUCAAGAUUAUCGAUCGUCAAGAAGCAGUUCAUAAAGAUUGGCUCCCCAGGUUAUCAAGUCACCAAAGUUCGCGAUCCUCUCACCGGUCAACUCGGCCUACUCUUUCAGAUUCAUUACCCUCAAAUAGCCGAGGGGGUCAAGCCACGUCACCGAUUUAUGUCAAGUUUUGAGCAACGCGUCGAAAGUGCCGAUCGAGCUCAUCAAUACCUGCUGAUUGCAGCCGAGCCAUACCAAACCAUUGCCUUCAAACUUCAAUCCCAGGAGAUCGAUAAUUCUGAGGGUAAAUCUUGGCAUCAUUGGGAUUUAGACACAAAGACGUAUAGCAUGCAAUUCUUAUUCGCCUGAGAAGCCGCUCCGGCAUCAAACACAACAGUUCCACUGAACUGCCAGCGACUUUCAUUUCCGGUCAAGUUAAUGUAAUCCUCUCUUCUCUGCUUCAUUGCAAUUGUCCAAUGUAUGCUGCUUGUUUGCAUCAGUUGAAAUACUACCAGCACUACAAUGGUCUGGAAAAUCACUCAAAAAGCCAUCGGUCUACCAAAACGGGAUCAGUGCAGUACAUCUUCCUCAAAACAAAUUUGCCCAGGUCCCAGGCAAAGUCAUUCCAGCAAGUUCUUUGUAUGUUUCCCAAUCAACACGCAAAGUUAAAGUACAAAUUAAACAUGUUGGAAGCUCAUUGCAGGUAAAUUGCAUAAAAUGCAUGUGACUACAGCAGUACGAAAGAUGAUGUUGCUUG